AUGCCUCCGGGCGCGCCCCAGGUGUCGAAAUGUCCGCUCCGGACCAUCAAGGAGAUCCAGUUCGGGCUGCUCUCUCCCGAGGAGAUCAAGGCCAUGAGUGUCGUCCACAUCAUCUACCCGGAGACCAUGGACGAGCAGAAGCAGAAACCGCGUGAGCAAGGUCUCAACGACCCCAAGCUCGGCACUAUCGACCGCAUGUACUCGUGCGCCACGUGCAAGGAAGAUAUCCAGACCUGCCCCGGUCACUUUGGUCACAUCGAGCUGCACACACCCGUCUUUCACGUCGGUUUCGUUGUGAAGAUCAAGAAGCUCCUCGAGACCGUGUGCCAUACCUGUGGUCUCAUCAAGGCUGACUUCAACCAUCCUGACUGGGCCGCUGCCGCCAAGACCAAGGAUGCGAAGAAGCGUUUUGACAAGAUCUGGCGCAUGUCCAAGGGCAAGACCGUGUGCAUGCAGGACGUAGACGACGGAAGUGACAAAAACAAGAUCCCCAAGAUUCCUCACGGCGGCUGUGGCAGCAAGCAACCUGACUCCAUCCGCAAGGAGGGCUUGAAGCUCACAGGCACCUGGAAACAGAGCAAGAAGGACGACGAUGACGGCCAAGGUGACCGCAAAGAAGUCAUUACACCAAAGCAGGCACAGACCAUCUUCAAGCUCAUGUCCGACAACACACUUGCACUGCUCGGCCUGAACGCCGACUACGCACGUCCUGAGUGGAUGAUCCUCGAUGUUCUGCCAGUGCCUCCGCCUCCGGUUCGCCCCAGUAUCUCCGUCGAUGGUACCGGCCAGGGUAUGCGUGGAGAGGACGAUUUGACAUACAAGCUAGGAGAUAUCAUCCGUGCCAACGGUCGUGUUGCAGAAUGUCAGCAGGAGGGUUCACCUGCUCACGUAACAGCCGAAUUCGAGGCACUGGUCCAAUACCACGUUGCUACCUACAUGGACAACGACGCCAAUGGUGUUCCACAGGCCAUGCAGAAGUCCGGCCGUCCGCUCAAGACUAUUCGUGGUCGAUUAAAGGGCAAGGAAGGCCGUCUUCGUGGUAACUUGAUGGGAAAGCGUGUCGAUUUCUCCGCACGUACUGUCAUCACUGGUGACCCUAACCUGUCUCUGGACCAAGUCGGUGUGCCCCGAUCCAUUGCACGCACUCUGACCUACCCUGAGGUUGUCACCAAGUUCAAUAUCAGCAAGCUGACAAACUUGGUACGCAAUGGUCCCAACCAGCACCCUGGUGCCAACUACGUCAUUAAAGCCGACGGUGUUCGUCUUGAUCUUAAGCACAACAAGAACCUUGACGACCUGCGGCUGCAAUACGGCUGGAAGGUCGAACGCCAUAUUGACGACGACGAUGUCAUCAUCUUCAAUCGUCAGCCCUCUCUGCACAAAGAGUCUAUGAUGGGACAUCGUGUCAAAGUCAUGCCCUACUCCACCUUCCGUCUUAACUUGUCGGUCACAUCACCCUACAACGCCGAUUUCGAUGGUGACGAGAUGAACCUCCACGUUCCCCAGAGUGAUGAGACUCGCGCUGAGGUUCAAAACCUGUGCAUGGUUCCCAAGCAGAUUGUAUCGCCGCAGAAGAACCAGCCCUUGAUGGGUAUCGUGCAGGACACGCUUCUCGGUGUUUACAAGAUGAGUCGUCGUGACAACUUCAUUCCUAUUGAACAGGUCAUGCCUAUUCUCAUGUGGGUACCUGACUGGGAUGGCAUCGUUCCAGAGCCAGCCAUUCUGAAGCCUCGACCACUCUGGACUGGUAAGCAGAUUAUCAGCAUGGCCUUCCCGCGCGAGGUCAACAUUGAGAAGAAGGAGGCCGACUCUAAGCCCAGUGCGUACAAUGACCUCGUCGACAAGUCAUUCUGCAUCAAGGGUGGGCAACUUCUCUUUGGUCAGGUCACAAAGAAGAUUGUCGGUGCUUCUGCAGGCGGUGUUAUCCACAUCAUUUUCAACGAGCUUGGACCGGAUGCAGCAGUCAAAUUCUUCAACGCCUGCCAGCGCAUCUGCAACUGGUGGCUUCUUCACUAUGGUUUCAGUUUCGGUGUGGGUGACACCAUCCCGGAUCCGGCUACCUCAGACAAGAUUGCCAACGAGAUUGCAAAGUCCAAGGCUAAGGUCGAAGAGAUUAUCGAAACAGCUACCAAGGAUGCGCUCGAGCCUAUGCCUGGCAUGACGAUCCGCGGUACGUUCGAAUCCAAGGUACAGAAGUUCCUCAACGAAGGUCGUGAGGGCGGAGGUACUGCAGCUCAAACGAGUUUGAAGGAUUUCAACAACGUCGUGCAGACUGUUGUCUCAGGUUCCAAGGGUUCUACCGUCAACAUCUCUCAGAUGGUUGCCCUUGUCGGUCAACAAGCUGUGGAAGGACAGCGUAUUCCCUAUGGCUUCAAAUACAGGACACUGCCGCAUUUCUCAAAGGACGACUACUCGCCAGAAUCCCGUGGUUUCGUCGAAAACUCCUACCUUCGCGGUCUCACCCCUUCGGAAUUCUUCUUCCACGCCAUGGCUGGUCGUGAAGGUUUGAUUGAUACAGCAGUCAAGACAGCCGAGACUGGUUACAUCCAACGUCGUCUCGUCAAGGCGCUCGAAGAUGUUAUGGUCAAGUACGACGGAACCGUGCGUAACUCCAUGGGUGACAUUGUUGAGUUCAUCUAUGGUGAAGAUGGUCUGGAUGGCGCCCACAUUGAGAGUCAAUCUAUGGAUAUCAUCAUGGCAUCGGAGGCCGACUUUGAGGCUGGGUACAAGCUCGACGUGCUUGGAACCGAUCACCCAGAGAUCCCAGUUACUAAGCUUGAGGGUGCUACCAUGUUCCAGGGUGAUGUGGAGGUUCAGCGAGCUCUGGACGAAGAGUUUGAGCAGAUCAAGAUCGAUCGUGAAUACCUCCGUGCCACUGCAAGCGACGAGGACCUCGAGUCUUUCCAGUUGCCUCUCAACAUCCAGCGCAUGAUCCGGUCAGCUCAGGCGCGGUUCGGCAUCAACCCAGAGAAGGCCGUUAGCAACCUUAAUCCUAUCGAGACCAUCAGGCAAGUCAAGGAAACUCUCGAGCGACUGGUUGUCAUUCGUGGUACCGACGAGCUUUCAAGAGAGGCUCAAGACAGUGCAACGUAUCUGUUCAAAUCCCAUCUUCGCGCACGUCUUGCGUUCAAGAAGCUUGUCGUUCAGCACCGCCUAAGCAAGGAGGCUCUGAACUACGUUCUCGGAGAACUCGAAGACCGUUUCCUCAAGGCAGCUGUUGCCCCUGGUGAGAUGGUAGGUGUUCUGGCUGCGCAGUCCAUUGGUGAACCCGCCACACAGAUGACGCUCAACACUUUCCAUUUUGCCGGUGUGUCCUCUAAGAACGUCACGCUCGGUGUACCUCGAUUAAAGGAAAUUUUGAACAUUGCAGCCAACAUCAAAACCCCAUCCAUGUUGGUUCGCCAGACAGAUACAAAGGCCACCCAACAGGACGCCAAGCGCCUGCGAAGCACAAUCGAGCUCACGACUCUCCGUUCGUUGACGCAAGCGGUUGAACUCUACUACGACCCUGACAUCCAAUCAACGCUUGUUGAGGAAGAUCAGGACAUGGUUGAGUCAUACUUCAUUCUGCCUGAAGAAGACGAGGUCAUCGAGUCACAGUCCAAGUGGCUGCUCCGUAUCAUCCUUGACCGCAAGAAGCUGUUGGAUAAGAGUAUCACUAUCGGCGAAGUUGCUGGCAAGAUCAAGGAAGAGUUCAAACCUAAUCUGGCGGUUAUCUUUAGUGACGAGAAUGCCGAUGAGCAGGUCAUGCGUGUUCGUUUCAUUUGGGAUCAGAACCUCCAGAAGGAUGAUGAGGAUGAAGAUGAGCGUGACGAGCGAUGGAUGCGCAAACUUGAGAAGCAUCUGCUUGACGAUGUUACGCUACGUGGUGUACGUGGUAUUGAGCGUGCUUUCAUUCGAGACCACAUCGUCACAGUUGAAUUGCCAGACAGGUCUUUGGUACACUCCAAGAGCAAGGACGAAUGCAAAGAGUGGGUGCUUGAUACCACUGGUACUGCUUUGGCCGAGGUGCUGGCCAUUGAAGGUGUGGAUGCGACCAAAACCUACUCCAACUCUUUCAUUGAGAUUCUUGGUGUGCUUGGAAUCGAAGCUGCACGUGCCGGUCUACUCAAGGAGCUGGGUAUGGUCUUGUCCUUUGACGGUUCUUACGUCAACCAUCGUCACAUGGCAUUGCUCGUCGACAUCAUGUGCCAGCGUGGUCUUCUCAUGGCCAUCACCCGUCAUGGUAUCAACCGUAACGACACUGGUGCCCUCAUGCGUUGUUCUUUCGAAGAGACUGUUGAGAUUCUUCUCGAAGCGGCCGGCUUUGGUGAGCUCGACGACUGCCGUGGUGUAUCUGAGAACAUCAUGCUCGGUCAGCUGGCGCCUAUGGGUACCGGAGAGUUUGAUGUCGUCAUGGACAAUGCCAUGCUUCUCACCAUGGUGGAGGACAACUCCAAGAUGAUGGGUGGUGCUGCUGGCGCUGGCAACUACCUCGACAACGGUGCUGCCACGCCGUACGACCUAGGAUCUCCCACAUACGAGGGUGGCAUGGGCGUGGGCUCAUAUGAUCAGGUCUCGUUCUCUCCUAUAGCUGCGGCUGGUGGAGGUGAUGAUCCAGGCGGCUUCACUGCCUACGGAGGCAGCUACGGAGGUGGUGGCUUCAGCCCGUACGAUGGAGGUAGAAGUCCAGGAGGCUCGGGUUUUACUGGCAUGUCCCCCGGUUUCACCAGCCCGGUGUCUCCGGGUUUCUCGCCAACUUCGCCCGGUUACUCGCCCACCUCACCAGGAACCGCCAGCCCUCGCUUCGCCGCAACAUCACCCGGAUACAUGGCUUCGCCUACGUCCCCGCACUACUCUCCAACCUCGCCUCGAUACGGAUCUCCUACAUCACCGUCGUACUCACCCACAUCUCCGGCUGGCUACUCCCCGACGUCGCCUCAGUACUCUCCUACGUCGCCCAACUACAGCCCAACGUCCCCGACGUUCAUGGGUGGCGCGACUUCUCCAGCGUACAGUCCGACAUCACCACAAUACAGCCCGACGUCGCCGCAGUACAGUCCUACAAGUCCUCAGUACCAGGCCACCAGCGACAGGCGUUCUCCGACUUCACCGACGUCACCGCAAUACAGCCCGACGUCGCCACGCUACUCGCCAACGAGUCCGGCAGGGUCCUUUUCUCCGACCUCUCCGCGCUACAGCCCAACUUCUCCGGGCCCAGCCUACUCUCCUACAUCUCCAAAGCAAUAG